CUUUGGCAAAAAACGCUGCGCACGGAGCUCCUAGUGGAUCCGGGACGCAGCAGAAGCUGCGAAAGCGUAGCGACAAAGCCAGGCAUCACUGCCCUUGCAGCUUUUCCCGCUGCGUUACCCUCCCGCAGCGAAUAGCUCGGGAGAGCAUUUCAGGUUCCGGCUGAUAACGAGCGACCGAGAGCGCGGCGCGCCCACACAGUUGCUCGGCCGGCGGCGCCAUACACCCGGACCCUGCUCCUGCACGCGCGUGCCCCGGAAAAUCGUGAGCGCCGUGAAACCGACGCAAGCUCUCGGACGGUGAGAGAACACAUUCACAAAAUGACGCGCACCAACAACUCCGACCCGCCGCAAGGCUUCAGCGUCGGCCUCGUCCUCGGCCGCGCGGACGCCGCGCGCGACCAAUACUUAGCGCGGCACUUCGGCCACACGCACAACCUGUCGGUGCAGACGUUUCCCGACGACGAGUCCGUCGUGUCCGUCCUAGCGAAGCUCGAGACGGGCGACGACAAGGAGCGCGCCGACAAGGCAGCCGCGAGGCUGGGCGCGUGCGGGCUGUCCUCGGUGCCGUCGUGGCUCCGGCCGCACAAGGCCCUCAGUAACGGUGAGGCCGCGCGCGUCGACGUGGCGACGUGCCUCGCGCGCCACGCCGCGUCUCAGAAGCAAUUUUGUGUGGUGAACGACUUUGCGUGCGUGGUCAACCGCGACGCGGCGCGGUCCAUGGCGUGCGCGGUCGGCAAAUACGCGCGGCGCCUAAGAAUGUCGGGCCUGGUCCUCGCGACGGCGCACGACGACGUCUGCGCGUACCUCCAGCCGGACUGGUGCUACGACGUCGCCGCCGACACGUUGUAUUUGCGCCCGACGGACAAGCCCCUACGCCCGAAUGUUUCCUUCGCGUGCGACUGGACGCACGGCGGCCUGCCGAACGCGCGCGACCGCCGCAAGAAUCGCGAGACGGAUCUCGUGCGGGAGAUCACGGCUUCGUAUAGUAUCGAGCCCGAGGCCAUCGAGAAAGUUGUCUUGGGCGACGGCAAGCUGCCCGAGGACUACAAGUGCCAGGUCAAGGUCGACGCCUGCGCCAAGGCAGCGUCGGCGGCGUUCGACUUUGAAUUUGACGGGAGUUGUGUGUUUGCGCCGCCGGACUUCCCGGCGUCGAAAAUCAAGGGCGCGUGGUCCAUCGGCGUGGUCCACGGGCCGAGCGGCUCCGGGAAGACGACGGUGCUGAGACGCGUCUUCAAAGGUGUGGAGGAGGGCAAGGUCGCGACGCGCGAGCCGGACUGGGAUAUGAACGCGACGGUCGCGAAGCUCUUCCGGGACAAGUUCGGCGAGGCCGACGCGGCCGCGCGACUGGACGCCGCCGCCGUCGACGACGACGAGCGGUCGUCGCGGAUCGACCAGCUGACGCAGUGCGGCCGCGCGCGCUGCCAGAUCGCCUGGCUGCUGGCGUCCGAAUGUGUGUUGGACGAGUUCACGAGCCUCGCUGCCCGGCCCCUCGCGCGGCGCGUCGCGGCGGGCGUCGCUGCCUACGUGGCGCAGCACAACCUGCAGCACGUCGUCUGCGCCACAGUCCACGAGGACGUCGUGGCCUUCCUGAAGCCGCGCUGGCUCUUCAUGACGGCGGUCGUGACGACGUGCUGGUGGCAGAAGAACAAGAAGGGCAACGUAUUUGAGGACACGGGCGACACGCGCACGGGCUGUUUAGUACUACUACACGCGGAUCGCCUCGCGGCGACCGACGAGCCCGCGACGACGGACGUGGCGCGGCUCGACGAGCUCUUCGCGGCGCCCUCGGUCAACUUGCAGCUGCAGCGGUGCCCGUACUACCACUUCGACUCGUUCAAGCGCCACCACUACCUGACCGAGGACAUCAACAAGAGCUGCUGGAGCUGGGAGCUCCGGUUGCACGGCCGGCCCAUCGGCUUUCAUAGUGUCAACACAGCUCUAGGCAUGCCCGGCGCCGGGGAAGGGACGAGCGGCGGUAGUCGGGAGCACCGCGUCGUCAUCCUGCCGGACUUCCAGGGCAUCGGGCUGGGCUGGAUGCUGGCCGAGACCGUCGCGGCGCAAUUGACGUCCACAGGAAGACGAGUCACGUCCAUCACGAUGCACCCGACGUUCGGCAAGUGUCGGGAUAGGAGCCCGCGGUGGCGCCCGUCCGCCAGAAACCACAAGGCCGACAAGGAUGAGGCGACGACGGACGUAAGAGGGCGCUCGCUCGCCCAGAAGGCCGGGACCUGGGCGCCGACGACGCGCGACAAACUUAGGCCGUCGUACCGCCACGAAUAUGUGGGAGACCCGGGCGCCGAGCGCGACGCCAUCCUCGCGAACCUGUCGGACACGACGCCGCCGCACACCUGCAAGCUCGUCGGCUGCGCGCACUGUACUACCAACAAAGCCGAGUUCCAGAAGAAGCUCAAGCUCUACAAGCUCUCGCCGACGAACGAGCUCAAGGGCACGUGCUGGGUCGAGGGCGGCCCGCCCGCGCUGUCCGUGCCGCGGCCGCCCGUCUCGACGCUGAAGCGCGAGGACCGCAGCGUGACGAAGCGCCUCGAGGCCGUGAAGGUCGAGGGCGGCCGCGGCCCGCGGUCGAAGAAGGACGUGGAAGCGGAGAAGAAGGCGAAGAAGGACGCGGACCUGUUACAUCGCGAGGCGGUGAAGAAGUUCGACACGCCGGUCGAGUUCGAGGGCGACUGGACGAAAAAGGAGGGGAAGUGGGUCGUGCCCAAGGAAGAUAGGGAGGACUUUAGGACGGACGGGCCGUUGAUCGGGACGAAGGUCUGGCGCAACGUGGACGGCACGGUGCUCGAGGGCGAGGUCAUCGGCGUCGGUUCAUUACUAAUACACGAGGACGACGAGGACCAGGUCGCGUGCGUGCGAGUUGUGUAUGAAAACGGCUUCCAGCAGGACUUGUAUCAUUACGCGGGCGACGACGAGUUCGGCGCGGCGCGGGACGCGUUUGUGAGGUGGGAGGCGUUUAAGAGGAGGGACGCGUCUUCCUUGGAAGUGGAGGGCGGCAACUGGACGCGGGACGAUAGUGGGAAGUGGACGCCGUCGCCGCAGGACGAGGGCGCGUUUUUGCUGGAGGGCGAGCGCAUCGGCGAUCUCGUGCGGACGAACGUCACUUUACAUAAUGGAGACGACGUGCCGUGCGACGGCGUGGUCAUCGGGGUGGGACGCGUGCAGGCCGAGGACGGCACGUACCAGGCCUGCACGAGGGUCACGUACAAGCCCCCGGAGGGCAUCGACGCCAUCGAUAUUCAAGAAGAUUUGUGGGAGACGGAGUUCCAGGUCGCCUGGAAGGCGUCGCGGAAGUGGGAGAAGAAGCUGUGGCGGGCCGUGUGGGAAUCAAUCGACGCGGUUACGGGGGCGUGACGUUUGAUGUCCACACAGGAAGCGGGCGGCGCGCGGCGGCGGCUACGACGCCGGCGGGAGCCACAGCCGCGACGGGUCGCCGCGCAGCCGGCGGCCGGGCCACGACAAGACCGACGGCGCGUUCCUGCCCGGUGAUAGAGUGGAGGUCGUGGGCCAGGGCAGCGGCGUCAUCACAACGGUCUCGAACCCCGUGCCGCAGCGCAGCCGGCGCCGCACGACCGAGUUGUAUGGGAAGGCCGAGACGGGGCCGGCGCCCACGAUGUACUCCGUCGUCUUCGACACCGGCCCCGCCGCGGGCAAGAGCGCGACGCUGACCCUGGACCAGCUCCUGAGGGGCGCGCCCACGUGCUGGAGCGCGCAGAAGCGGCAGCGCCGCCGCCGCGACGGCGGCGGCGAGGACGAGGUCCUCGACGACCGCGACGACGACGAGGACAUGGUCGACGAGUUCGGGGGCCUGUUCCCGACGGCGCUCCAGGUCGGCGAGCGCGUCGAGGUGCGCCAGCGCAAGGGCCGCAAGGAGGAGGUCUGGGUGCUCGGGCGCGUGAAGUCUUCGUCGGCGGUCGGCUACGACGUGGUCCUGGACGACGGCCGCGUCGAGUCCUGCGCGGCGCGCUCCGUGCGGCCGGCCGACGAGGACGGCCGCCACCUGUUGCCGUCAAAGAAGAAGAAGCGGCCCAAGCCGGCCGCGUCGCCGAAGCCGCCGAAGCGCCGGCUCUCGGCCUUUGCCGCUGACUUUUUUGCGGUGGGGGCUGAUGUGGAUGCGCUGUUCGGCAUGGACCUGAGCGUGAUUCGCCCGCGUGUGUGUGUUGCGCGCGCGCUCUGUUUGUGUGUUGUGUCCGUCGUGGCGCGUUUGAGUUGGUCGCGUCGCGCAGGCGCCCGAUGGUACCGCGGCACCGUCGACGACCUCGUGAAGGACGGCGCCGGCAAGCUCAAGUUCUACGAAAUCCGCUGGCCGUCGAACGACGACUGCAACCGCAUCGCGCCGACGAAGGUGCGGCCGCACGAGGGGGGGACGCCGGACGGGUGAAUUAACAGCUAAAAAAUUCUUAAAACUAGAAGUCACAGACAACU